AUGUCGCUGACUCGUGACGGACUAUACGCAAGUGUCCAUCCUCCACCGGACGACGACGAAUCGCUAGCCGGUGGAUCUAACGCCAAAGAGGACCAACAGCAGGAACAACGGAAAGGCAGGUCCCGCCGUCGAGACAGUGAAGCGAGUCGCAGCCAGAGCUCGGCGAUGGCCAGCUUGCGACCGACACCGCUGCAGAGUCGACGCGGCACGCUCGACAGCGUGGAGAUGGUGGAGCGCUACCAGUACACCAAGAGGCCACCACGCAGCGGAUCGCACUCGCCGAGUCAGUACGAGUCCCGGCGGCGGCUGUCUAGCUUCGGCACGCAGCGCCGCAUCUUCCUCGACCUGAUACGCAAACAUGGCAGCAAACUUUCACUCAACCGCAAGUUUUCCGAGACGUCCAAGGGGGAUGAGCAGGGCGGGGAUCCCGGGCGGCUGAGCCGUGACCGUGCACAGGCUAAACACCAGCUCACCAUCGCACUGUCGGCGCUGUACAGCAAGCUGUUGAUUAUCCUUGGCGUGACGCUGCCGAUCACGGAGUUUGUAACGUCCAAGGCACCGGCCAACUUCCACCAGGGCUUCUACCUGUACCUGCACGGAGUGAGCAUCCUGUUCUGCGUAUUCCUGCACGUCGCCCGGUAUCGGCGCCGGACGCAACUCGAGUUCCUCUCGCGCUGCGAAGAGCACGACGGCGGCAAGGGGAAGCGGGCGGUGAUGAAGACGGCGCCAUCGGGGAGUGCUUCCCAUAGCGCUUCGUUCUAUCUCCGGAUAGGCGCCAUCGCGUUCGGCAUCGGUAGCUUGGUGUACUCCGCGCUCGAUUUCGGCCAAUACUUCGAGCUGGCAAAUGACGAGCGAUGCGGUAAUGGGUUGGUAGCACUGAUGCCAGCCGUUCGCAUAGUCCUGUGCGUGGCCCAGAUGCAGUUUGUCAUCGUGAGCGGCAAGGACUUCGGGCUGGACCAUCACACCCUCACAUCCCGCUUCGGUCUGAUGCACAUGCUGGCGACCAACGUCUGCGAGUGGCUGUACGUGCUGGUGGAGGAGGCGAAGCAUGAAAUAGUACACCUUGGGCAUCCCACCGCAAGCGUCUCAGUGCACGCCGUGGGAGCUCAAGCAACAAACGCGGGAUCGGAAGAUCUUAAGCUGCACUGCCGGACGAGCAACAUCAUGGGCUCGCUGGUGCAGAAUGCUGCCCCGUUUCUAUUCCCGUGCACCAUCGAGUAUUCGCUCAUCUGCGCACUGACACUGUACGAUCUCUGGAGUGUGCUCAACCGGAACAGUGACCCCUCGAAGCGAAAGUCGGCUCCGGAGCGUCCGGACCGCGGCGUCACCGGUCGCCCAGCUAACCGCUUCUCGAUCGACUGUUCCAGCGCGCAGAAGGGUCUGUUCGGGGGCAUCAUAACGAUAGUGAUGACCUUCAUCGUGCUCAUCAUGUACUUCGUGCUGCGCCGCGAGCGCAACCUGCAGGGUGCGGCCACCCUCGAGAUCGUGCUGUACGAGCUGGUGCUGUACUCGAGCACCCUGGCGGCGGUUGUCGGUGCCAUGGUACGCAUGCGGGACCUGCGCGUCACGACGCAGCGCGCCGGCCGGGGAGCGGGCUCGCUGCGUGCCACCCCGCCACUACCUCUCGAUUGCCACCUGCUGCUGGUGACGCAGACCGGCAUCUACAUCUACGGUGUGUUUUCCAUCAUUGGCACCUACCACACGCACGGCCGGCUCCUGCACUUCGCCGUCGUGUCGGAGAUACUCGGGCUGGCGCAAACCUCCCUGCAGACACUGUUCGUGCUCAGCUCGUGGUGGCGCCGGUGCAAGGGUGCGCACCAGAACCGCACCAAACCGGGCCGGGAGCUCAUCACCUUCCUGCUCGUGGCCAAUCUGGCCGCCUGGAUGGUGAACGCGCUCGUCAAGAGCAACGCCAGCUUCCGGCCGCUCGUCAUGGGCUUCUACGGUGCGGGCGCGUGGUCCAUCAUCGCCCACGUCUCGAUGCCGCUCGCCAUCUUCUACCGCUUCCAUUCCACCAUCUGCCUGUUCGAGAUCUGGAAGAACUCCUACAAGGCGCGCUACAAUGAACCGUAG